AUGGAGAAGAGCAGGAAAGGUUUAAGGUACGAGGAGAUAAAAAGGAUGUUGAAUUUGCCCGAGUUCAAAGGAGUCAGGGCAGCUGAAUUGAAAAGCCUGAAAUCUUUUGCACUUACUCUACCACCAUUGGAAUCAAGUCUCACGGAAUGCAACUUGGACAGUUGGGAGCACGAAUAUGGAUGCGACAAGAAGAACACUGGAGGUCACGAAGGUGAUUUCUCAGCUGCCAGUGGGGACCACAGCAUCAUCUCAGAGAAGCUCACAAGAGAAGAACGCGUGGGUAAAUGGAGCCAGGCUGAUGGGAGCUCCCGUUUAAACGAACCCACUUCUCCCCAUUCUGAGCCCAUCGCAACUGUACCUGAUCUUUUGAGCGGAUACAAUGAGUACCUACGAGAGUUCCUGUAUAGAUCCAGCAACACCAGUGGCGUGCUAAGGACAACAGGGCAAGGCACGGUGUCUUUGAAUUUUGGAAUGAUGCAAGUUGAUGUGACCACCAACGGUGCCAUCCGCAUCGUCAACCCAAAGACACAUAUUGCUAUGGCCGUCAACGGUGAUUGUACAGCCACUGCUGUGAUGCAUCCAAUGGGCCGGCUUCACCACGAUGCUCAGACGGUCCUUCUAUUAGCCUGGGACUUGAAAAACCAUCAGCACAAACAUGCCAAGUUAUUGCCAAACAAAUCUGCGUUCAAGUCAAACGACAUGAGCUUCUCUUACGUGAUGGAUUCUGCUGGCACUCGCACAUCCAUGAGCAAGCUACCCACGAUUUCAAUGAACGACAUUUCUCUGCCUGUUUUCUACAACAACUCGCCACAUGGUACAAAAUUCAAGGCUGCAGCUGAGGCGAUGGCCAAUUCUGCUAUCAAGUACACCGACGGAAUGGGAUACAGUGUUUGGAAGAUGGGCAGUGUCAUCAUCAAGCACCGCAAUGGAGAGCUGAAAGUCUCAAGACCCCCUUCGGUGCACAUGAGGACAUCAGCUUUGACUGGCUGCCUUGGAAUCUCCACUGAUGAAGUGCACUGCACAGCCACUCAGGGAGAGCAGUGCCACAUGUUUGCCCGCUAUGGAGUCAACAAGAUGCACACUGAUGGAUUGAAAUUCAAGAUCAAAACCGAGGGUCAGACCGCUGGAUUUGAUGAUGAAAACCGUAUCACUUUGUUCUAAAUAACUAUGCUGAAUGCAUGGUUAUUUAAUAUUGUACUGAUAUGAAAUGGAUACUAGGAAUUGUAAUGAUUUAAUCAAGAUAGAAUGACAGCAAUACGUGAAUGUACCUCUCAUGUAGAUCUCACUAAAGUUUUUGUUGGCGGACUAGCAAUUUGAUGUUGCAGUGUUUAAUUACAUAAGUUGGGUUAUGAAGUAUGCACACUCUUGGGAUUCCAUUCUCAAGAAGGAUCUCAGCAAACUGGAACAAGGAAUCAUGUUUUUUAUGUUUUUAAAAUUUUGAAUGUACAAUGCAGUUGUACCUUAGCGGCUUGUGAUACAUCUGUGCCUACAAUUAUCGUGAUUUUGCCCUUGAAAUUGCUUACUGGCGCUAAUUCUGGCUCGCUUUCACCAUCUACGAAUGGAAUGUUGACGCUUUUGAGGAAAGACACCUUGGCAAAUCUGAAAUAAAACAUAUUAUCACAUGUCACAUUCAUUAACGCAAACAA